AUGGUAGAAAAUGUUAACUUGGAUGAUGUUUGGCGAGGACUCGGAACCCAUGGAAAGUACCAAUUAAUCCAGGCCGCCCUCCUGUUGGCUACCGUUCUUCCGGAAGCGAUACAACUCAUUGUUGUUGUUUUUAUAGGAUAUCGUCCGCCAUACCAGUGUGCAAAUGUGUCUUCGACAGAUGUAUUACCUUACACCGGACAAUACAGUAACACAAGUGUGGAGAUAUCCUACCACGAGUGUCGAGUCGACUUGGUCUUUAAUAACACCAAUACGACACUUCUGUCUUUGACGCCAUGUCCAGCCGGAUAUACAUACGGUCUAGAGAAGGAUCGAACGUUCGUGACAGAGUACGACCUGGUGUGUGACGGAGCCGAGAGAGCAGAACUAUCACAAACUUUACUUAUGGUUGGCCAGAUGGUCGGGGCCGCCACUUUGCCUCAGUGUUCGGACAGGUUCGGGAGGAAGCCUAUCUUUGUCUUGUCAAAUUUCGCCUUACUCGUAGCAGGGUUGGGAGGAUGUUUCUUACCAACUUUUACCGGAUUCGCAAUAAUGAGGUUUAUUAUAGGAUUCUUCCAACAAGGACUCGGUAUGGUAAAACCCGCCAUGAUGCUGGAACUAUUUCCCACAGAAGCAAGAUAUUUGGUAGAAGUUUCCGCGUUGGCUGUAUGGACUUCUUCCAUGGUCGUGGUGACACCUGUAGCUUAUUUCCUUCAGGAUAUCUCCUGGCGCUAUUUGUACCUCGUUCUCACGCUCACCUCGGCAUUUAGUGUCUUUGGAUAUUGGAUAUACAACGAAUCCGUCCGAUGGCUUCUUGCAAAUGGAAAACCUGAAGAAGCAAAGAAAAUUCUACGAAAAGCUGCAAAGAUGAAUAAAGUCGACGAAAACAAAAUCAUUGAUAUAGUUGAUAAGGUUAUAUCUGUGGAAUUUAAUGAUAUAGUAGUCGACUAUACUGAUGAUAAAAACAACAUGAUGCUGGAGGAACCGAUCAACAAUAAGGACAAGAAGACGAAGCAAAACAAAUUACCGAAAUACACCGUGUUUACGCUGUUUAAAAGACGACGAAUAGCAAUGAUAACAACAAUAAUGAUUAUGGCUUGGACGGUGGACAGCCUGACUUAUUAUGGACUGAUCCUGUCUUCAGCUUCUCUGCCUGUCAACAGAUAUCUCAGCUUCUUUUUACUGACCAUAGCCGAGUAUCCUGUCGUGUUGUUCGAAUUUACUCUGAUGAAUCGAAUAGGAAGGAAAUGGUUUUGUAUAAUUUUCCACGCCAUAGCAAGUGUUUCUUUGAUAGCAGGAACAGUGGCGAAUUAUUUCUCAGAUUUACCAGGAGCUAAUGUUGCAAUCAUGGUAUUCUUUUUCCUCGGAAAGCUCGGUAUAACUGGGUCAUUCAGCUGUCUUUUUCUCUAUACUCCUGAAAUUUUCCCGACCAAUCUAAGGACCGUUGGCAUGGGACUGCCGUCCGCUGCGGGGAGGAUAGGGGGUAUGCUGGCACCAUUUGCAGGUCCUCUAGCUGAGCAGGUUAAAUGGGCACCUGGCGCCAUAUUUGGCGGUCUGUGUGUCAUCGUUACCUUGGUACUUCCGCUCCUUCCAGAGACGAUGGGACAUGAGCUUCCGACCUUGGUUGAGGACCUUGAGGAAUGGUACAAAGCUCACAGUGGUACUACACGAAGGAAACGUAACUUAUAAGAUU